AAAUGGAAAAUUAAAAAAAUCGUUAUAUCUAUGAUACAAUAAAGUUGUUUUUGAGCGAUUCGAGUUCUCGAAUUUUCUCGUGGAUGUCGCUGUUUGUGUUCUUUUAGUGUGGCUCCGCCCUUGGCGUACAUCGCGCGCCGUAGAAGCAAUGCCAGUAGUUAGUUGUCUAUUGGACUUGAAUUGGUCAAGGUAUGUUUCGGAAAAUCGAGUUUUACUAUUUCGUGAUUCGCUACGUUCAGAUGUUACCAUUUACAUUAGUUUAUCAAUGAAUUAUUUUAUUAUUCGUUGCAUGCUGAGAACCUCUGAUAUUUCAUUUAAUUUAUGCCAAGGCGGAGACGUGUGCUCCAUAGAUGUGUAAUGUGGUUCAAUUUGGAGAUUUCCUUGUUCGCCGUUCAGGGAUACAUAGAGAUCAUUCGUGAAAUCUACUUUCGGGGUAGUAGUGGGGUAAACGACUUAUUAAUAAUCACGAGUAUUGCGAAAACGAUUUUACAGCGGGAGUGCCGGUGCAUGAGUGUUUAGUGAUCAAUGAACUCCGCGUUGCUGUAUAUUGGGGCGUGCUGUCACUGAUCUUAUUAAACCGGCAGAUAUGACAAUGUAAUAGUGAAUUAGGAAUCAAGUUUUCCAUAAGGAAAUAAUUUAUAAUAGAUGGUCAUUCUACAAUUCUCAGUAGAUGACUGAAAAUGAACGAUAUAGAAAGUAUAAGCAUGAAAGGCAGUGGAGGAUCUAAAAUGCCUCAUAGUCAUUCAACUCCAGCAGGUGUAGAUGGAGGUAGUAGAACUCCUCCUACGACACCUAGGAAAGCUGGUAAAAUGCUUGCUGUUCGUGUACAGAUGUUAGAUGAUACAAUUACAAUGUUUCAAGUUCAGGCAAAAGCUUUAGGAAGAGUAUUAUUCGAUCAAGUUUGUAAGCAGUUACAUCUUUUGGAAGCUGAUUAUUUUGGUUUGGAAUAUCAAGAACUUAAUGGAACAAAAUAUUGGUUAGAUUUAGAGAAACCAGUUUGUAGACAAGUUGGAUUAUCUUUGAUAGAUCCGUUAUUAAGAUUUUGCGUUAAAUUUUAUACACCUGAUCCAGCGCAAUUAGAAGAAGAAUUUACAAGAUAUUUAUUUUGUCUUCAAAUUAAAAGGGAUUUAGCUCAAGCUUUGUUACAAUGCAACGAUAAUACAGCAGCUUUAAUGGCGAGUUAUAUCGUCCAGGCUGAAUGCGGCGAUUAUGUGAUAGAGGAUUAUCCAGAUCAUACAUAUUUAUCAACUUACAAAUUUGUGCCUCAUCAAGAUCAAGAACUAGAACGUCGUAUUAUGGAAAAUCAUAAAAAACACGCAGGUCAAUCACCAGCAGAAGCGGAUCUUAAUCUGCUAGAAACAGCACGUCGUUGUGAAUUGUACGGAAUGAAAAUGCAUCCGGCUAAAGAUCACGAGGGUGCAUCGCUCAAUUUGGCAGUGGCACAUAUGGGAAUAGUAGUUUUUCAAAAUUUCACUAAGAUAAAUACAUUCAGUUGGGCUAAGAUCAGAAAAAUCAGUUUUAAAAGAAAACGAUUUUUAAUUAAACUUCAUUCAGAGGGUUACGGUUAUUACAAAGAUACCGUGGAAUUUUUUUUCGAAGGGCGCAACGAGUGUAAAAAUUUUUGGAAAAAAUGUGUAGAAAAUCAUGGAUUUUUCCGUUGUUCAGUGGUGAAACGAGUGGUACGACAAAAAACGCGUGUUCUCAGCCGUGGCUCAUCAUUCAGGUAUAGCGGAAAAACUCAGAAACAAAUAGUGGAAUUUGUACGGGAUAAUUACGUGAAGAGGCAAACGUUUCAAAGGUCCAAUUCGUUCCGGCAGACUAGCGGUGGUAGGGCAUUGCAGGGCUUGGAGGGGGGAGGCUAUCGUGGGGCCACUCCAAGCAGCUCCCUUAUGGGCAGCUCCAGCAUCUCUGCCCACCCCCUCCUGCCCCUCGGCGAUUUCAGCCCUGGAAACCCCAGCUCUGUCUCUAUCAUGCGGCUCGAUGACACUGGAUUCUCCGACGACUGUGACGAGUGUCUCGAUGGGAGGGACGAUUCACCGUCGCGAAGACACAGCUACAUCGUUUCGGACGCUUACCUCCAUCGACGUCCAUUCCCCGGCCACGCCCAGCCAGGUCCCAGCACAGCGGCAGAUGCUUGUUGCCAGCAGCCAGCAGCGGAUUUCAUCAGCAGGUGGUGAAUACAAUCGUUGGAACUACGCGAACGGCUAUGUGAACUCGCCUGCUUGGCACGUGCCACUUCGCGUGGCGCAGAUUCGUAACGUAAUGGUUCACGCAACGCCACGCACUCUCACCAAUCGAUUCAUACCGGCAUACCCACGUUGAGACGGGACAAAGAAAGAAGUACCACGCUACAUCUCUGAGAGAAUCGGACCCCUUCUUCUUAACAUGCUAUGUGAACGGAAAGAGAGAGAGAAACGGAGCGAACGUGGAGAAAAAAGAAAAGGGACGAAAGGGAGAGAAGACGUCUUCCUCGCUCUUCCAUCCACGAUGCUUCGUUCGCAUUCACGAGGCCCCGUCACGUUCACAUGUUUGCCAUUCUCUCGUGUUGCUACGUGAUCGUACGUGUAGCCUACGAUCCUGCGGAGGAAAGAGAGAAGACGAAUAGAUGGAUCGAUAGACUUUUGCCAACGACCAUCUUUCUUUAACCGUUCUCAUCCGGUACGAGUAGUUCGAGUUCCGUUAAUCGUUGUUCUCGCGGUUACAAGCGCGUGCCGUCGUCUCGGCCCCAUUUUGUUCUCUCUCUUACUUCUCCCCCUCCUUUUUUUAGACAUACAGAUUUCGCACACCUUCCAUUACUCGUUACUUGUUCGUUCACUACCCGCAAACGCCAUUUGCACUGCAUCUUUAGAAGGUAGAGGAAUAGUCGGAUCGAUUUCUUCCAAAAUAUCGUAUCCGAGCACUAUUUAGAAAUUUCUUCGUUUUUUCUCCAUUCCUCCCAAACUUUUCCCAUUGCAAUUUUUCAUGUACGAUAUUGCUUGGAACUUGUCGCUUCCUCUCUUUUCUUUCUUCCCUUAACAUUUUAAGUCUGAUUUGUAUAGUUGCCAUCUUCGUUGCGUUUCUCAUACUGGUCGAUUCCCAGCUCUUGAACUCCUCGUAAAGUAAAUCGCAUCCUUUGACGU